GCAGAGGCAGUUCGGGUCCCCGCAGCAUUCAACGUAGUCGAAGAGGUACAGCACAGAGACUGUCACCGCCAUUACUUCUCACUUACGGUCAUUUCAAGACGGAAACUUUUGACACAAAACCCAAACAGGUCAACGAAAGCGGCAACAGUUUCAAACUUGAAGUAUUUUGGAAAUCCUAAGAGACGGAGAGAAACUUUUUUUGAAUUUUGUUUUUGGCGUCGUCUAUGAGGAGUUCUGGCACAAAAAAAAUCCACGGCAAAAAAAUAUAUAUUUAUAUAAGAGGGUUGCAGGAGAAAAAAAACAGGUUAUUUUUUUUGUUUUUGAACAAUCGCGCCACAAGUCCACAACGGAAAAGGUAUCGGCUGCGCUCAGUUGCAUGGCUGGUUGGUGCCUGCGAUAUCUCAUUCGCCAAAAAGACGAGACACCUCCACACCUCCGCUAGUAAUAAUAAAUAGAUGUGAUAACUUCAGUGUUGGACGACCGUCUUCAGCCUACACUUUAUUCGACAGUGACUUGAGAUUCCUGCGAAGCAAUUGGGCUUCAACUCCCGACUGAGGAGGCGGAGUCUUAACUUAUUAAAAGGAACUUGCCGAGGCUCGGACGCCUGCAAAUAUGAUGAUGAUGUCUCUGAACAGCAAGCAGCCUUUUGCCAUGGCUCACACCAGCUUGCCCGAACCCAAGUACUCGUUGCAUUCCUCAUCCUCCACUUCCAAUGCGCCCUCGUCCUCCUGCUCGUCCUCCCGACACAGCAGCACCAUCAUCAGCAGCAGCGGCAGCAGCAGCUCGGAGGCGAUGCGCAGAGCCUGUCUCCCAACCCCACCGAGCAAUAUAUUCGGAGGCUUGGAUGAGAGUUUGUUGGCCCGGGCUGAAGCUCUAGCGGCGGUGGAUAUAGUCUCGCAGACCAAGAGCCACCACCACCCUCCACAUCACAGUCCCUUCAAGCCGGACGCAACCUACCACACCAUGAACACUCUCCCCUGCACCUCGUCUUCCUCCUCCUCCUCCUCGGUGCCUAUUUCUCAUCCGUCCGCCUUGGCUGGCCACCACCAUCACCACCACCAUCACCACCACCACCAGCCUCACCAGGCACUGGAGGGGGACCUGCUGGACCACAUCACCCCGGGACUGGCACUAGGAGCCAUGGCAGGGCCGGAUGGCUCGGUGGUUUCCACGCCUGCGCACCCUGCCCACAUGGCGGGCAUGAACCACAUGCACCAGGCAGCCAUCAACAUGGCUCAUGCCCACGGGCUACCACCGCACAUGGGCAUGAGCGACGUGGACGCCGAUCCAAGGGACUUGGAAGCCUUCGCAGAGAGGUUUAAGCAGAGACGGAUCAAACUCGGGGUUACCCAGGCGGAUGUAGGGUCAGCGUUAGCCAGCCUGAAGAUUCCUGGGGUGGGCUCCCUCAGCCAAAGCACCAUCUGCCGAUUCGAGUCCCUCACGCUCUCUCACAACAACAUGAUUGCUUUGAAGCCCAUCCUGCAAGCGUGGCUAGAAGAAGCCGAGAAAUCACACAGGGAGAAACUUAAUAAACCCGAGUUGUUCAACGGCGCGGAGAAAAAGAGGAAGCGCACGUCGAUAGCCGCGCCAGAGAAGAGAUCAUUGGAGGCCUAUUUUGCCAUUCAGCCGCGUCCCUCCUCGGAGAAAAUCGCUGCAAUCGCAGAAAAGCUGGACCUCAAAAAGAACGUGGUGCGGGUCUGGUUUUGCAACCAGCGACAGAAACAGAAACGAAUGAAAUACUCUGCAUGCGUCUAAAAAAAAUAUCGCUUUAAACCACCACCCACCAAAAGACUUGGAACUGUUUAGAGACGAUUUGUAUCAUAUUUCCUAUCUCACACCUUUUUUUCAAUCAUCGAUGACUUUGUGCUUUGAACUUCGAAAAAUUCCUAAAAUUGAACAAUGACUGAAAAACUCGAGAAAAAAACACAACCCACAGUCACGUCUUUUACUCGCAAAGGAGAGACGUGGAGUCAAGUAAAGCAUCGUUUGACAGAGCAAGUAAGAACCACUGUUUCCACACUUACUAUGCUUCACCUUUUUAAUGUCAACGCAGUAUGACUUACAGGACUCUAUAUGCUUUCAUUUUUAUUUGUGAUUAAUUUCCAAUGAGGACUAUUAGUUUGCAUUAGCAGAAAUACCCCCCAAUGAAAAUAGCAUUAUUUACACACAGCGGGGCUAGUUUAACUCAAAGCACUUGGUUGGUGACUAUUGGUGUUUAUAUUUUUGGCUUAUAGGAUAAGCUACAUUUUCCCUCUUGAGUUCAUGACGAUGCAGUCUGACAUUUAUUCAGGGUCCAUGAGGGGAUUAAGAGGAUAACACACUACUUGGUCUCGAAAGCUAAUAUUAGAUUACUGCCAAAUAUCCCUCUGUAAAUUAAUAAUUUACUUGUCACACACUUCAUUUUGUGUCUAAAUGUGUAAUUAAUUCCACUUAUUUUGUUACCAUGUGUGAUCGAAGUCAGGGAUCUAUUUUCAAGAUACCCGGGGUUUGGACUAAGGUAGGGUUGUUUAUUAUAAGGCCUCAGUUUAUGUGGAAUUAUCGAAAUAGUGACUCACUUGUAAGGAUUUCACAGAAUCUCGCAAUUAAAAAAAUAUGAUUUCUCGCCGGCUGCAAUAAGUUUACAAUCCAGCGUGGGCCGGUAUCUUAUGAACUAUUUAUUGAGUGAGGUCAUGUUUACUUCAUUAUAUAUUUAUUGGGAUUCCCCCCCUCCUCGUUUUGCUUGAGAAAAUCAAAUUCUGACAGCAAGUUAAGCGUGUUGUUCUGGUUUUAAAGGGAAAACGACUGUGAAAUAGACAGUCACAAAUUUCAGUUUACGAUUUUUAACAUUUGAGAUGGUACAAUCGAGAUAUAUAUGAGAUAGUAUUCUCUUUUUAAAAUUAUUUUAUGUAUGUUUUCUGCUAUUUAUUUGUAUAAAUAUACGCGCAUCAUUAUGAAGUCGUUGCUUGUUAAAAAUCACCUUGUUUAAUUAAUGUUUUUUCUUGAAGAGAAAAGAAAACAGCUUCAUGGAAGUAUACGUGUACAAUGUAAAUAUUUCAUUGGAACCAGUCGAUGCACAUAAAUAUAUCCCGUACAGGUUUUUGCUGUAUUGCUGUUUUAGCUGAGGUAACUUAUUUCUGUAAUGUAUGUUGCUUUUUUGGUUCCUGGUUAAAUUAUUCUAUUAAUUUAUUACAUCCAUGUAAUUUUAAUUUAUUUAAUUAUUGAACUGCAAUAUGUGUUUCAUUAAAGAACAAACUUUAACAUUUAA